ACGAAGUGGCAAAGGAGUGACCAGCCGUCGGCCUACAAAACAUGUGACAGCCUGGUGCUGAAUAUACAGUCCGAGUUGAAGUCUGCAAGAGCCUUGCCCAUGAAGCUUCUCACGGAUAAGUACAAUAACUGCAAACGGCACCAGCUUGGCCGACCAUCACACUCCGCCUUAGUAUCCAACUUUCAUGCUGAAAAAGAAGAUAAUGAGCUACUUGGGGACCAGCAAUUGACAUGUAUGGUAAGUGGCAUGGGUAUACAGGCGCACUCUUCACGGAGCAACCACUUGUCUGUGUCGUCUGCAAACGGUCCGAUGGCCGGUAAUACCCAGUCAUUGCCGAACAGUCAUACUAGUAACGCACCUGGCCCGACUCCAACCAUCCCAGUCCAGCCGGUUGCCGCAGAUUUCCUGCCCGCAUCCACGUCCACUCCGCACCCCAGUGUCCGGCAAGAGAACGGGCCCAAUGCCAGGAGUUACGACGGGCCCACUGCCAGGAAUUACGAUAGGCUCACUGCCAGGAGUUACGAUAGGCCCGCUGCGAUAUCCGCUGGGCUUGUCCCCGCCAAUGUCGUGUUGCCCACUGAUUUUGGCUUCAAAGGAUCCGCUACUCCGCCGCGUCAGGUGAACACCAGUGGAUCAGUUUCAUCUCUGGGUACUACAUCAGCCUCCAGUACAGAUGUGUCGGCUAGUACGGCUUUGACUACAAACUCGGGUGCGAGGCAACCAGUGGCGGCUGCGGUGUCUUCUACAGCGCCAUCUCAACCACGGUCGCAGCAGGUUCUUGCUGAUCUCUAGCGUGCUAUGUGGUGUGUGAGUGCGUGCGCGCGCGCGCGGACGCGCACACACAAUGCCAUGUGUUGUGCGGUGUGUGCGUGCAUGUGGGGUUUGUGUAUGUGUGUGUGCGAGCGCGCGCGCACAAUGCCAUAUGUUGUGCGGUGUGUGUACGUGUGUGU